GUAGGCUGGUGGAGAGCAAAACCUGGAUUCUUGCAUUACCUAAUCUUACAAGUACAUGCAGAGUAACUAUAAAAAGAAAGGCUCAUGCAGUCAGACCAAAAGACCUCCAAUAAAACACUUCCUUGCACUGUCUACACUCUCCGAAAUGGCUUCUUCAACCCCACAAAUCGUAAUGCUCUUUGCAGCAGCUGUACUGCUAUUCACCACCUGCAAAGCAGCCCCCAUCGUUAAGAGACAAUCAACUAAUGAGUCGGACGCACUCACAAACUAUGCUCUGGGAGUGAUUAUUGGAGCUCAUAUUGCAAAUGCCUCACUUGUUGAUCGCCUCACAAAUCACUCGGCAAACAUCUCAGAGUCCGCCUUUGGUGCAGUCCGGAUUGCUUGUACUCUCCACUCUGGCUACAAGAACAUUGACGCUCUCUCACCCAACGACUCUGCUGAUGCCUUGAUUAUACUCAUUUCUGAGAAGAUCCAAGAAGACGCUUGUGAAUUGCUCAAGGAAGAAGUUGGUCCCUCUGUUUUUAGUCUGGAUUGUGGGAGUGAGAGUGUGUUUAGUGAUUUGGACGACAUCUGUGCUCUCUGGGACUACUCGGUCAUGGCUCAGUCAAAUGCUGACAAUUUAGAGGUUGUCACGGGAACUCGAUGUGAUUCCGAUGAGUCUAUGAAGGUAAAAUGUGACGAAUGGAUUUGCAAUCAUAAUCUUCAAGACAACAAUUCUAUUAUGAGGGCUAGCCUCACUCCUGAAGAGUGUCCAGAAGCCACAGUAUAACUUUUCAUCACUGAUCAAAUUACUGCAAUCAACAGGAUUGU